GCCGCCAAACUGCACAGCAUUUUGUCGAUCGUAUAGUUACGGUAUUCAGGCAUUGCCCAUUUAUACAGCACCUAACUACACCCACCAUGGCUUCCGUCACUCCCCAGGGCCAAGCCGACAAGCUAGGCUUGACGGUUGCAACCACAACACCCCGUCUCCACGAAAAGAUCUCGGAGGAAUCACUCGCACCUGCGGCCUUUCCCCCGCUCGAAGAGAAGGAGACAAAGGCGUCGCGGCCGUCAGACGCAUCUAGCCCGGCUACCGUCCGGGCAAAUCCGUUCGAUACCGAUAUCGAAGCAAUGAUUACGCCCAUUGACCAUGUCGGCAGCAGGAUGGAGUGCACAAAAGGGGGAAGCGACUGUCAAGCGUGGCCCGGUCGGGAACACUGGAAGCGCAAGGCUCAGGCAGCGAAGAAGAAGCGCCACAACUGCCACUGCCUGGCAGGCCUCAGCAAGCGCAACCGGAUCCUUGUCAAAAUUCUGAUCAUUGUGCUCAUCGUCGGCAUCGCAGUAGGCGUGGGUUUUGGCGUCAGCAAGCCGCUGGGCGCCGGCAUCUGGCGCAGCGAGACGCAGAACAACUGAGCGACGUCCCGUUUUUCCUUGCGCUGGAGGCGGUUUGUCACCGAGGGCGCCAACCAACAGGCAGACAUGGAUUCCCGACGCCUCAAAUCCCCUUUGGCCCGAUAUUCCGUCUCUUUGGGGACCUCGCGUACAAGUAUCGACAGAGCAACCAGAAGGAAGUUAGUUGGUCGCCGACCUCUCAUCACAACCAGCAGCGACCAAAUCCAACAGCCAGCAAUCAACAGCCGUCAUCGGACAUGAAGCGUCAAAGAACGCCGAUUUACCACCUGCCGCAGGCUUGGCGUUAGUGCAUUUUUCUUCUCUCUGGGUUUGAUUGUCAAAGCAUUUGCAUGG